AUAUUUUGUUGAGAACGCGACUGAGAGCGACACUGUAAGUUUUGCCCAGUGCCGGAUUGUCAGUGUCGGGUUCUCUUUCCGGAUUUCUCCUCGUUGGGAUCUUUACGAUUUGUUUACAAAAUGACCGAAGAAAACUGGGGCGACGACGCCGUGAUGGUGACAGACGGGGCCGAAUCCGUUCAGAACGCCCCGUCUGCCGAACUUCCAGAAAUUAAACUCUUUGGGAAAUGGAGCUGCGAAGAAGUUCACGUGGUCGAUAUGUCCCUCCAGGAUUAUAUUGCAGUUAAAGAGAAAAACGCCAAAUAUCUUCCUCACUCUGCUGGACGGUAUGCGGCUAAGAGGUUCCGUAAGGCUCAGUGCCCGAUUGUCGAGAGGUUGACCAACUCUCUUAUGAUGCACGGGCGUAACAAUGCCAAGAAGCUCAUGGCAAUCAGAAUAGUGAAACACGCUUUUGAAAUAGUACAUCUUCUCACGGGUGAAAACCCACUUCAGGUGUUAGUGCUUGCCAUCACACUCUCAGGACCUAGGGAAGAUUCUACUCGAAUUGGAAGAGCCGGUACUGUUAGGAGGCAAGCUGUGGACGUUUCACCGCUUCGUAGAGUCAAUCAGGCUAUCUGGCUGCUCUGCACUGGAGCCAGGGAAGCAGCUUUCAGGAAUAUUAAAACUAUUGCUGAAUGCUUAGCAGAUGAACUUAUCAAUGCUGCAAAGGGUUCAUCAAAUUCAUACGCAAUCAAGAAAAAAGACGAGUUGGAACGUGUUGCCAAGUCUAACCGUUAAUUGUAUCUUGUUUGUACAUUUAAUAUAAAAACAUUUGGUAACAAGGA